GGUAAAUGUGACAAUUUUGCACGCCAUCGUGCACAACUCAUGCAAUACUCUUAGGAAUACGGGUGGGAUUCAGAAAAUGUCACGCUGACCACUGACAAUGGGGAUUCAGGACCUACUAGCAAUCAGACUGUCACCGGCAUCGACAUUUCAGUAUUUCCUUGUUGCGUUUGCGGUGGCGAGGGUUGGUACGGAGAACCAAACGUUGAAACACUAUCACAAGCGCCGAUGCUGACUGACCACCCUCUUUGUGACGGUGAUGUGGCAAAGUUCAGGGCAGACUGGACAGCCGUGUACUAUGGACAAGGCACUUUUUUUGGCCCCGUGGAUAUCACGUCUGGUGCCAGCAUCCUGCCACCAAAUGAAGAACUCGAAGUACCUUCAAACGUUCAACUUGUGCUCCAGAAUGCAUUCCAAGCCAUCUAUCACACCAUUCGACUCGAUCUCGGUGUGAUUCGCCCGAAUCAGAUAUUGACAUCAUCAAGUAUGUUCGAUGAGAGCAUAUCGGCGGUGCCUCUCUUCCAGUCUUUCAUCGCGCCCAACAGUACCCCCCCGCCUUAUCCUGUGCUCGCAGCGUCUACAUCGUUCAUUGUGAAUAAUUCAUAUGCCAAUACAAGUCGGAUAGGACGUUCCGCAAGUGACUUCAACUAUUACUACCAAGAUGCACUCCGAUUUGGACCUCUCGAUGUCAGGGUACCCUCUGUAUCAUAUCUUCGACCAGUGUUCCGCCGAAAGUCUACAGCGUCAGCCAUAUCUAGUGUUUUUGUGGCUACGUUCGCCAUGGUCUCUGCGGCGUGGUCCCUAUUCCAUUUCACCGCUGGUACCUUCUGUAAAAGUCAAAGCGAUGAAUCCGGUGGUUGUCCGCAUUGUAGCCAUAAUUGUCGAGAUCCUGGCGGAGAUUCUGAGUCUGUGUUACUGGUUUCAUGCUGCGAUAGCCGCCAUGAAGAGAUAGCCAUGGGAGAAAUGGACCACCAUAAGUGAAUUACGUUGGGAUGUAAUAUUUUCCAUUGACAACGAUUCUU